AGCAGGGAAAGAGAGGACAGGACAGGACAGAGGAGAAGGGGGUUUCUACCAGAGAAAAGAGAGGAAACUUUGGCAUGAGGCAGAGGAGCAGAGAGAAAGAAAGAUAGAGAAAGAGAAGAAGCAGACUGGGAUUGUACCUCCAGGACAGAGUGGGGGAAGACGCGAGGAGGCAGCCAUGCAGAGCACUAUGGAGUGUGUAUCCUGGGCGUGUGUUCGCCAUGGCUCUAGUUCAGGCGCUGCCUGUGCCCACUGAUCACCCAAAGCCCAGCGCUGACAUCCAGCAGUGCUGCUCAGUGUCUCACUCCCCCUCCAUAGCUGUGGCAGGCACCAUGGGUUCUGUCAGCAGCCUGAUCUCUGGACGUACCUACCAGGAGCGCCACUGCCGAGCCGCCAGCGACUUUGGUGCCAAGUAUCGCAAACCCACACCCGCUAUAAGCUGUUUCCGACAGCAAGAGGGCACACUGCGCAGCGCCAGCUCACAGGAGCAGCUUCUCACCAGCCAACCUCCUCUACCUGCUAAGAACAAAUCCUCUACCCUCAUCUCUGCUGGCAAUGGCAACUAUGGCUAUUUGUGUGACGAGCCAGUGGGCGACUGGAAUGAUAACCAUGUGACCACGUGCAGCCCAUCCAGUGAUACUGAAGAGCCUCCUGAUAACAGAGGCAUGAAUGGUAAUAUUGGUGGUCCUCCGCCUAAACUCGUCCCAGUGUCAGGCAGACUGGAAAAGAGUAUGGAGAAGAUACUGAUCCGUCCCACUGCCUUUAAGCCUGUCGUGCCCAAAAAUCGCAACUCUGUGCAGUACCUGUCUCCACGGUCAGGGGGCAGUCUGUCUGAAAGCCAGGGCAGCCUCAACCUCUUACUUCCUGGCAAUGGAGCGGGGUUGGGUUGUCAGGAAAAGCGCAACUCUUACAGUGGGGGACGCAACGCACGGAGUAGCCAGUCCGUCACUAUGUCCGACUCAGGCCGCAACUCCCUUUCUAGCCUACCCACUUACAGCAGCACAGGGUACAGCCUGGCACAGAGUGAAGUACCCACUGGGCACAUGGAAACCGCACGCUCCGGUGGUGGCCACGGACACUCUAACUCCGACAGCGGUCGCUCAUCAUCCAGUAAGAGUACAGGGUCUUUAAGUGGGCGUGGCCAGCCCCUCUCAGACAGCGGAUCAUGUGGCCGCUCCCCGGCUCCAGGAGAAGGUUAUGAAGGCGUCAUUCGGGAUCUUGAGGAGAAGCUGAGGGAAAGAGACCUGGAGCUGCAGCAACUUAGGGACAACCUGGAUGAGAAUGAGGCAGCCAUCUGUCAGGUGUAUGAGGAGAAACAGAAGCGCUGCGAGCAAGAGUUGGAGGACCUUCGGCAGAGCUGUGCAUCGAAGAUGAAGCAGGUGCAGCUGAAGGCACAACGGGCGCAACAGGUUCUGCAGUUGCAGGUGUUUCAGCUGCAACAGGAGAAGAAGAAAUUACAGGAGGACUUCUCUCAACUGCUACAAGAACGGGAGGCAUUGGAGAAGAGAUGUGCCUCUUUUGAGAGGGAGCAGACUCAACUAGGUCCUCGUCUAGAAGAGACAAAGUGGGAGGUGUGCCAGAAGUCAGGUGAGAUUUCUCUGCUGAAGCAGCAGCUGAAGGACUUACAGGCAGAUCUUGGUCAGAAGGCCAGCGAGAUUGUUGCUUUGAAGGCCCAGUUGAGAGAGGCUCGUUCUGAGCUUCAAGCUAGCCAGACUCGCUCACAGGAAGCCCACGCCACAGCCCGCACUCGCACACUCGAACUCGAGGUUUGCGAGAAUGAGCUACAGCGCCGUAAGAGCGAAGCGGAGCUCUUGCGGGAGAAGAUGGGCCGUUUGGAGGAAGAGUCCAUCCGUCUUAAAGAGGCUUUGGCGGCGCCCACGUCCCAAGCUCUACCUUCUAAAGGCCAAUGCAUGAGCUUGCCCCUGCCCCAAAGCCGUGGGGUGAUCACUCACGGGAUCAGCCCCGCUUUCCGGGACAACAACAGCGAAGAGCAGCUUCUAGCAUAUGAGAGUGAUGAAGCGAAGGUGCAGCGCCAGAGCAUGGACAUGCUUCACGGUCUCCGUCAGCAGGUGGACCGACUGCGGGCAGAGCUGAUGUACGAGAGGAGGCGGAGCGAGGACCAGCUGGAGGGCUUCGACGAGGAACGCAGGGUGUGGCAAGAGGAGAAAGACAAGGUGAUCCGUUACCAGAAGCAGCUGCAGCAGAACUACAUCCAGAUGUACCGCAGAAACCGUGACCUGGAGCGUGUGAUGAGGGAACUUAGUCUGGAGCUGGAGAACAGGGACAUGGAGGAGUUUGACAUGCGUAGCAACGAGAUCCAUUUUGAGGAGAUCACUGCCACUGAAAUCUAACCCACAUCUUACUCUACCCCCCAAAAA